AUGUCUUGCACCCAAGCAACUCAACCAUUCCGCUUCCUGGACCUGCCUGGAGAAAUCAGAAACAACAUCUACGAUCUGCUUCUAUGCUCCUGGGAAGAUGAACUCGAGCAAGACCCCAGCAUGAGCAGCAAGCUGAGCCGACGCAGCCCAAGCAACCCAUCACCCUCGCUCCUCCGCGCCAACAAGCAGAUCUACGCUGAAGCGUCAGACUACAUGAUCAAGCGCAACCAAUUCGUCCGCAUCACAUGCCGAGGUCUGGACUCCCGCAACCUGUUCCUCGGCGAAGGCAUCCCCGUCAUAACAACCGAUGCGCGCAAAGUAAGCGUAUUCGACGGCCACGUCAUGCACAUCACGCUAUCCAAGCCCGCGUUCACGCCAUCGCCGUUCCAGUUCUCCGAAUUUGAGAUCAUGAUGCUCCGAUCAGAUCUGCCGAAAUUAUGCGAGCAGCUGGACAUCGAAACCGUAAUGGCAGAUGCGAACUCAACGACCACAGAACACGCCUCCAUCAAUGCCACCAUCCGUCUCAACUACGCGCAAACCCGUUUCUUCACCCCGAAGAUCCAGGAACGUCUCCUAGAGCCCAUUGCGACAUGUCUGCGCGGCAUCCCCAACAUGCGUAUCUCCGGCUUCGUCGAUCCCGCCCUCGCAGACAGCGUGCGCACGCAAGUCGCGCAACCCCGCUGGACAGACCCCGAGUCCACAAUCGAAGAAAUCGGCACCGGCGUCGACGUCGGGAAGCGCCAAUGGCAACAAUCUAAUUUCUACGCAGCCUCUGAAUCUUGGGCUUACGCCAUGCGCACCCUCGAGCGCAUGCGCCACUCCUCCUCCUGGGCGGGCCUGCAAAAAGCCGGCGGCGAGGAUUUCGUGAACAAAACCGCCGAUCUUUAUUUCACCCUCAACCUCUUCCACGCGCAAUUCCUGCAGGUCGAUAUGGCGAACGACGCAUCUCAGGGACCCCUUGUGCAGCGCAAUGGCCGUGUUGCGAUUCAGCAUUUGCGCAAGUGCGAAACGGCUGCUGCGCGGUUUGCGCAGCAUGCGGGUGCGACGUGGACACCGAGUAAUGCACAGAGCGCUAAGAUGCUGUACAGGCAUGCGAGGUGUUUGAGGUUGAUGCGCGAUGAGAAGAGCAGUGUUAAGGCGGUUACGUUGAUUGAAGAGGCGGCUGCGCUGCAGCCGACGGAUUUGGCGAUUCGGGAUGAGAAGGAUGCUGUGCUUACUUGGGAGGCUGAAAUUGAGGAGGCGAGGAGAGUGGUUGUGGAGCAGAACCAGCAGGCACAACAAGAUCAGAGGGGGGUUUGGUCGUCGAUCUGGGGCGCGGUUGCGGAGCUGGCCUCGUGA